CCAGCGUUAAAUUAAAAAAAUAAACAAAAUGAGAGUGAUAUUAAGUGUCACAAUUCUGGUGCUGACCUUCUCCGGGAGCAACUGCCUCCUGGAGGAGUUCCUGAUGUCCGACGACCUAGACCCUUACGCGGCUUUCGUCAGCAAGAUGGAGGACAAUUUGAAGGGCAAUUGUCUGACCGAGUUCUUGAUGCCAAGUUGGCGACGGAGGUUCGCCGUCAUGAACACCCUUAAGAACAUGACGAGGGUCUUGUGCGAGUACGACAACGUAGACAACACCAACACUGAGUUCCCUUGGCGGUCUAUUAUUGAGAAGCUGGGAUUUUACGAAAUACAGGAGAUGCAGUUCAAGUUCGAGCCGAUGCACCUGAUGAACAAAAUCGCCAAGUAUUGGACUGAAAUUGACAAAAUCACGAAGACGAUCGACUUUGAUACCGACCUGGAUUUCGGCUGCGACGAUUUGAGCAAGUACUUUCAAUGGAUAUAUAAUGUAGAUGAGGAAUUAUGCAACGGGGAUAUCAAUAAAGUGUACGCGCAGUAUGUCAUAGCGAUCAAGGAUAAAAUGGAGAAAUACGCAAGCAAGCUCAAUAUUUGCGUUAUGAAUAAGACUCUUCAGAAUGAAUUGAUGGCGUUCUUUAAGCUGGGGAUGAAGGCACACAUUCAGAGGUAUAUUCUUACUUCUUACGAGGUGACUGUUUCUAACCAUUGCAAGGAUUCUUGCGUAGAUGCAGAGCUUGAAACAUUAAAAACUCAGUUUUUGAAUGACGUCGAAGCCUACAAAAAUUUGAUGUUCAAAACCAUGGAAGAAUUCGCGGCUUACAUUAAAAAGUGCGACGCGCCAAAACCGACAGUUCCUCCAUCCCCUGAAGAUCCCAAAAAUCCUGGCGGGGGAGUAAAAAUUUCGGAUCCAAGCAACAAGAAGCCUCCGGCGCCUCCAGCGCCAAAACCGACAAUUCCUCCAUGCCGUGAAGAUCCCAAAAAUCCUGGCUGGCAAGUAAAUAUUCCUCAUCCAUGCAAUGAAAAGUCUCCGGCGCCUCCAGCGCCAAAACCGACAAUUCCUCUAUCCCCUGAAGAUCCCAAAAAUCCUGGCGGGGGAGUAAAAAUUCCAGAUCCAAGCAACAAGAAGCCUCCGGCGCCUCCAGCGCCAAAACCGACAAUUCCUCCAUGCCGUGAAGAUCCCAAAAAUCCUUGCUGGCAAGUAAAUUUUCCUUAUCCAUGGAAUGAAGAGUCUCCGGCGCCUCCAGCGCCAAAACCGACAAUUCCUCCAUGCCGUGAAGAUCCCAAAAAUCCUGGCUGGCAAGUAAAGUUUCUUUAUCCAUGGAAUGAAGAGUCUCCGGCGCCUCCAGCGCCAAAACCGACAAUUCCUCCAUGCCGUGAAGAUCCCAAAAAUCCUGGCGGGGGAGCAAAUAUUCUGGAUCCAAGCAACAAGAAGCCUCCGGCGCCUCCAGCGCCUCCUUCUCCCCCUCCUUACAUUGAAUUAGAGCGAGCUUAUCAAGUUACGAUAGUCAGCGAGGAGAAAAUGGAUAAAACCGGAAGCUGCUCGCACAAUUGUGACCUUUCGAAGGUCAGCAUCAAUCCAGGAGAAGAGUGCCAAGAUUACACCCAGUGCACAUUUAUUUCCCACGGAUUUGACGUCUGCGAGGCUCAAAAUAGCGCGAGGAGGUACGAUUGGGUCAAGGAUAGAAAUAACACGGUCUAUGGAACCCCUUCUGCUUGCAACGGAAGAACCAAGUCAUUUUUCAACAUGAAUAUCUGGUUGUUGUCACUCACUUCCUGCGAUUAUUGUGUUUGUACGUGUGUUUCUAAGCCUAGACAUGAUCCACAUACUCUUACGGCUGUCAGCUUCAGAGAGCAAACUUCGGAUGUCGUUAAUGACAAAGUUGUCGUAGGUCUAAGAUUCGUAAAAAAAGACUACAUGUUACACAUUCAAAUUGCGGAAGCGCGUCUUUUGCCCUACGGUAAAAUCAACGCAUCAACUUUUACCUGGAAACCUUUGGAGAACUUUGAGUUGAAAGAACAGGAGCAAAAGUUCUACAUAAAAUCAAGUUUUGGAAGGAUGGAGGCGCUUUCCCUUGGUAAAGACUGGGGUCACGCUUCGUCGAUCAACCUGGACGACGUGGUGGCUCCCAAGGACUACAUAGUCACCGGAGUGAGGUUCCGCUACGCAGGAGACAAUUUAGCCUGUCCAGUGUUCCAGUCCGGUUCCCUGGAACUCCAGCUGCAGGUCAGAAAACUGGACUUUGCAGGCGGCUACAUAUCCGAGUUCUACAGUCCCAAGUGGAUCUCCGCUGGGAAAAAGUAUCACAGCGAGCUGGUGCUCUGCGAACCCGACAACCCACUCAAGGCUUCGAUGAACACCGAAUUGUCUGCUAGCGGCCAUUUUGUUAGGUUCCAGGCUUCGGACUUCCGUAAAGACGCCGGGCAGUCCACGGUUCCGUUCUUUGAUGGGUUUGAUGUUCUGGGAACUCCCUUGGUUCCCCUUAAAGGUGCUGGGGUGUUCCAUCGAGGUCUUAAGGGCUUCGGAGGGUUCGUUAGUCUCAAGAUUUAUGGUCUAAAUUCCAAGUUUUAUUCUGCUGCUAAUGUCAAGAAAGCAGCUCCUCCAGCUAAGCCUGCAGCUCCUCCAGCUCAGCCUGCAGCUCCUCCAGCUCAGCCUGCAGCUCCUCCAGCUCAGCCUGCAGCUCCUCCAGCUCCUCCAUCUAAGCCUGCUACUGAUAACUUAGAUGAAUUUCCAGUUUUAAAAUUGAUGGAAAAUUUGCUUAGAAAACCGAUUAAAAUAAUACAUGAUUUUGUGAAGAAUAUGGAUUAA